UGUUGCAGUGCUAGCAGGCGGCGCAGAGCGGCGGGCCGGCAGCGCAGGGCGCAGCGCUCAGCACCGCACCGCGAUGGCCGUGGCCGUGGGCAGACCGGCGAACGAUGACCUCAGGAACCUGUCCCUCUCCGGCCACGUGGGCUUCGACAGCCUCCCUGAUCAACUGGUCAACAAGUCAACGUCCCAGGGCUUCUGCUUCAACAUCCUCUGCGUGGGUGAAACCGGCAUCGGCAAGUCCACGUUGAUGGACACUCUGUUCAACACCAAGUUUGAGAGCGAACCGGCGACACACAACGAGCCCGGCGUGAGGUUGAAAGCCCGGAGUUACGAGCUGCAGGAGAGCAACGUGCGCCUGAAGCUGACCAUUGUGGACACCGUGGGGUUUGGAGAUCAGAUUAACAAGGAUGACAGCUACAAGCCCAUAGUAGAAUACAUCGAUGCCCAGUUUGAAGCCUACUUACAAGAAGAGCUGAAGAUCAAACGGUCCCUGUUCAACUACCACGACACCCGGAUCCACGCCUGCCUCUACUUCAUUGCGCCCACCGGGCACUCGCUCAAGUCCCUGGACCUGGUCACCAUGAAGAAGCUGGACAGUAAGGUGAACAUCAUCCCCAUCAUCGCCAAGGCUGACACCAUUGCAAAAAACGAGCUGCACAAGUUCAAGAGUAAAAUCAUGAGUGAGCUGGUCAGCAACGGCGUCCAGAUCUACCAGUUCCCCACGGACGAAGAGACGGUGGCCGAGAUCAACGCCACCAUGAGCGUCCACCUUCCUUUUGCUGUUGUUGGCAGCACCGAAGAAGUGAAGAUUGGCAACAAGAUGGCAAAAGCCAGGCAGUACCCCUGGGGUGUCGUGCAGGUUGAAAAUGAAAAUCACUGUGACUUCGUGAAGCUGCGGGAGAUGCUGAUCCGAGUGAACAUGGAGGACCUGAGAGAGCAGACGCACACCCGGCACUACGAGCUGUACCGGCGCUGCAAGCUGGAGGAGAUGGGGUUCAAGGACACGGAUCCGGACAGCAAGCCUUUCAGUCUCCAAGAGACGUAUGAAGCAAAGAGGAAUGAAUUCCUGGGCGAACUCCAGAAGAAGGAGGAUGAAAUGAGGCAGAUGUUUGUCAUGCGAGUGAAGGAGAAGGAAGCAGAGCUGAAGGAAGCGGAGAAAGAUCUUCACGAAAAGUUUGACCAUCUAAAGAGGACUCACCAAGAAGAGAAGAAGAAAGUGGAAGACAAAAAGAAGGAACUCGAGGAAGAGCUGAACAACUUCCAGAAGAAGAAGGCGGCAGCUCAGCUGUUACAGUCACAGGCUCAGCAGGCAGGUUCUCAACAAACCAAGAAAGACAAGGACAAGAAAAACUCUAUAAGAGUUUUGCUGUGCUGGUGCCUUGAGUCCUGCUUGCAGCUCUGGACUUCGUGUCUCCAGAAGGACAUAGUGGAGUUAGAGGAGGGCACUAAUGGUAAAUGGGAUGGAGCAGCAGCUGCCAGAGCUCUCCAAGUUCUGAUGGCGCUGGGUGCCAACCUGCUAAGUCAGCAAAUCGUCACAACUAGACCAGAGGAGUAACUUUUAAGGAGCAGGUACUAAACUUGUGGAAUUUGUUGCCUCAGGUUGUUGAGACAGAUGGUGUCAGCAGAAGGUUUUGGGGUUGAUUGGUGGGGUGUUUUUUUUUAAAGGCGAACUCAGGGAGAAGAGAUCCAGAGGGAAAACAAGGUGAAAUGUCUGACAGCCAUAAUCCAGUGGUGGUGGAUACUGGGGCAGAGGGAAGGGAGCAGAAGGCCCUGCCGGUGUCCACAGUGAGACUGAGCUGCAGAGGGUGGUGGAGGCUUCCCCACACCCCGGGGCUGGGGAGGGGAUGGCAAUGUGCCCUUGGGCUGCUGCCUCCGUGGCUGCAGCUGUUGGGGAAGAGGUGCCAGUGUGGGGAGAGGAUGGCAACGUGAAACCUGUUGAGGACAGCUCAGAGAGGUUAUUUGUCACCAGGUGUCCCCAGCAGAGCUGGGAAAGCCACUUCUUCCAUUGGAGGGAGUGGGUAUCUGAGUUAAAAAUCAUGCUUUGGGCUUAACUCUUUCGUGUGGCUGCUGGAGGGGAUCUGUGCUCUCACAUCCUCAGAGCAAACCCUCAGGGGGCUGAGGGAAGCCGGGGGGCUGCAGGGAACAGUGCAGCAAGGGAGAGUUUAUGGCUGAAGGCAUUGGAAAGGAGCAGCAAUGCUCUGCUGGGAUGUCCCUGCCGUGCCCUGGGGAGCUCCCUGGGCUUGGGGACUGAGCAGUAACGUGCUGGGGUUUGUGAAUGCAGUGGUGUUAUCCCAGUGCUCAUGAGGGAGAGGGGGCAGCAGGGAGCUGAGCCUGCAACUGGGAAUUGGUUUUCUCUCCAGCCAACCAUUCACCUGCCCAGUGUGCUUGGCUGGACUCCUGCCCUCGCUGCUUCCGGCCCCGCUGGAGCAGGCAGACCCUGGGCAGGUCCGUGGUGGGGAGCACUGGGAUGCUGUGAAGCUUGUGGGAAGGUCACAGGAACAUGAGGAGACAAGGGCACAUCAGGGAAUGUUUUCCUGUGGGAAACAGGGAGCCCUGGCAGCACUCCAGGCCAGCCCUGUGUUCCGACAGCGAGAGCUGCGUACAAGCCAGCUUCUGAAGGUGAUUGGGGGGCAGCUUGGAGGAGAUGAUGUUGCCUGGGGUUUUUUUGGGGAGGAAAUGUGGGAAGUGGGAAAUGGCUUUUGUCUCUGGCCAUGUGGGUUGUUUCCAAAUCAGCUGGACCUGCUGCAUGGGGGAGCUGCUCUUGCUGGGAUGACUCAUUUUCCAAGGUAAGGCUGUGUCUGAAGGUCACCUCGUUAGCCACAGAGCACUGUAAACGUGUAUACCAGUGCAGGCAGCACAGCCAGGGAGCUGCCCAUAGGUGUUCAGGGCCUGUGCCAGGACAGCAGGACACUGCAGAGGUGGGUCACACAGACCAGGGACAGGGUUUGUGCCUGAGCCUUUUUUCUUGGAGUUGUCUGGCACAAGAUCAUUGGCACGGGUUUGUGCAUAGUGCCAGCAAAAUAAAGUGUCUGUCUCUCUGCAACUCA